AUGGCUCACUGUGGUGAUUUUAUUAAAAGUCAAUUUCCCUUAAUAGACGACGACCUUAAAAAAUAUGUAGAAGAUAUUUUAGGUAAUAGCGCUGGAGAGUUUGAGGAUACCGAAGAAGUGUUUGAAGCGGUCGGUGAAGUGUUACAGGGAAUAUCAGAAAAAUCGGAAGAUGAUAUCAGAGAUAUAUGUGAGCAAUUAUUACAUAUGCUUCAACCUAAUAACACGGGUAGCAGUAAUGGACCAAGAAAAGUUUUAGAUGCGCCUAUACACCUUGCUUCAAUGACAACAACCAAUAAUGAAACAGAUGAUCUUAAGAGUAUAUGGUUGCAGACUAGAGAUGACAAUUUUAAAGUAGAUGCUAAAAAACUAGAAAAAGCAGAAGCAAAGCUACAACAGAAACAACAAAAGCAAAAAGAUGCCAAAGUUCCUGCUGCUGCUCCUGUAUUACAAACUGCUACGGCUUCACAGGUCACAUCUAAGAAAGAUAGCAAGCUUGAAGCAAAAGGGACAAAUAGAACUCAAGAUAUAAGAAUAGAAAACUUUGACAUUGCAUAUGGUGAUCGGGUAUUAUUACAAGGAGCAGAUCUUGUUCUCGCGUUUGGUCGUCGUUAUGGCCUUGUAGGGCGAAACGGUCUGGGAAAAACAACAUUGCUAAGGAUGAUUGCUGCAAAGCAACUCAAAAUACCAUCACAUAUAUCAAUAUUGCAUGUAGAACAAGAGGUGGUAGGAGAUGAAACUUUGGCUUUGCAGAGUGUUCUAGAAUGUGAUACUGUAAGAGAAGAUUUAAUUAGAAGGGAGAAGGAAAUCACAGCUGCAAUUAAUAAUGGAUCAACAGAUACUAAUUUAUCAACAGAGCUGAGUGAAAUAUAUGCUCAACUAGAGAAUAUAGAAGCUGACAAAGCACCAGCCCGAGCAUCAAUCAUUCUUAGUGGUUUAGGCUUCACGACAGAGAUGCAAAACAGAGCUACAAAAACAUUUUCUGGAGGUUGGCGAAUGAGGCUUGCCUUGGCACGUGCUUUAUUCUCAAAACCAGAUUUACUGCUACUUGAUGAGCCCACUAACAUGUUGGACAUAAAAGCGAUCAUAUGGUUAGAAAACUAUCUGCAGAAUUGGCCGACGACGCUCUUAGUCGUAUCUCACGAUCGCAACUUCUUGGACACGGUACCUACAGAUAUACUUCAUUUACAUUCACAUAGGAUAGACACAUAUAGAGGUAACUACGAACAGUUCCACAAAACAAAGACUGAGAAGCUGAAGAAUCAGCAACGUGAGUACGAGGCUCAGCAGCAACAGCGAGCACAUAUGCAGGAGUUUAUCGACCGCUUCCGAUAUAACGCGAACCGGGCUUCCUCCGUGCAGAGCAAAAUAAAAAUGUUGGACAAACUCCCUGAACUGAGGCCAGUAGAAAAAGAAUUGGAUGUUCAACUAAGGUUUCCAGAGACGGAGCCGCUCUCUCCGCCUAUAUUGCAACUUAACGAAGUAGGCUUUUACUAUUCCAAGGAUAAGGUCAUUUUUUCCAAUGUCAAUCUUGGUGCCACAUUGGAGUCUAGGAUAUGUAUUGUUGGUGACAAUGGCGCAGGAAAAACAACUUUAUUAAAAAUAAUAAUGGGAAUAUUGUCGCCUACUAGUGGCGUUCGCAAUGUGCACCGGGGCCUUAAAUUCGGAUACUUCUCCCAGCAUCACGUUGAUCAGCUUGAAAUGAACGUCAACUCAGUUGAGUUACUACAGAGAAGCUAUCCUGGUAAAUCAAUCGAGGAAUACAGGAGGCAACUGGGUAGUUUCGGUGUGAGUGGUGACCUUGCAUUACAGACGAUAGCGAGUUUAUCCGGAGGACAAAAGUCACGCGUCGCCUUUGCAAGGAUGUGCAUGGGCAACCCCAACUUCCUAGUGCUCGACGAGCCUACUAACCACUUGGACAUAGAGACAAUUGAGGCUUUGGGCAAGGCGAUAAAUAAAUAUACGGGCGGUGUAAUCUUAGUUUCCCACGACGAAAGGUUAAUACGAAUGGUGUGCAAAGAACUGUGGGUGUGUGGUAACGGCUCAGUGGCGAGUAUAGAGGGCGGCUUUGACGAGUACCGAAAGAUCGUCGAGAGAGAACUUGACGCGCAGAAUAAGUAA